AUGGAUGGCAGAAGUCCAGACUGGCUAACGCAGAAAAGCUUCUCCCAGGAGGAAUGUGAUGUCCUUGUUUGGGAGGUGCAGAGUCGCCAGUUUGCAUAUCGAGCCAACCGAUCCACGGAAGACGCAAUCUGUACCACACUCCACCUCACUUUGUCACACCUGGAAGGGAAGAAUACCUAUGCCAGGAUCCUCUUCAUCGAUUUCAGCUCAGCAUUUGACACGAUCAUAUUGCAACAACUGGUGGAGAAGCUGAGGUUGCUGGACAUGGACACUGGUACCUGUAACUGGGUUCUGGACUUCUUGAUGCAGAGGCAGCAGACAGUCAGGGGAAAUGAUGUUGAUGAACAGCCAAGGAGUGUUGAUACUGAGGAGCCUCACACGGAUAGCCUGGAGGAGGAUGUGGACAAAGGUCUGGAUCUGGCAUACUCCAUCAAUGACAGGCCGCCCUGGUACCUCUGCAUCCUACUGGGAUUUCAGCACUACAUCCUUGCGUUUGGUGGUAUCAUUGCAGUCCCCCUGAUUCUGGCUGAGCCCCUCUGUAUUGGGGACAAUAAUGCUGCAAAGAGCCAGCUCAUCUCCACCAUAUUUUUUGUGUCGGGGUUAUGCACCCUCCUGCAGACUGCUGUUGGUACCAGGUUACCAAUUCUCCAGGGGGGGACCUUCAGCUUCAUCACGCCGACCCUGGCCAUCCUUGCUCUUCCAAAGUGGCAGUGCCCAGCACAAGUGACACCUGUCAUGGUGUCUGUGCAACUCCAGAAUGACACUGGUGUCUUGCCAAAGGAAAACCCCGAUGAGGUGUGGAUGUCCCGAAUGCGUGAGAUCCAGGGAGCCAUUCUGGUAUCAUCCCUGCUCCAAAUUGUUCUGGGCUUCACUGGGCUUGUGGGCCUGGUGCUCAAAUUCAUUGGCCCGCUGGCCAUCGCUCCCACUAUCAAUCUCAUUGGCCUUUCGCUGUUCAUUGAGGCUGGGAAGAAAUCUGGAGCCCACUGGGGAAUAGCAGCAUUAACUGUGUGCCUGAUCCUCCUGUUCUCUCAAUAUCUCAGCAAAGUCAACGUUCCUAUGAUUGCUUACAAGGACAAAAAGUGGAGGGUUUUCCAGUAUCCCCUCUUCAAACUAUUCUCAGCCUUAUUUGGGAUGUGCGGUAGCUGGCUGUUUUGCUUCCUGUUAACCAUCUUUGAUGUCCUACCCUUAACACCCAAUGAAUAUGGUUUCUCAGCCAGAACUGACACCAACCUGGAUGCUGUAACCAGUGCUCCCUGGUUCCAUUUGCCAUACCCAGGUCAGUGGGGAGUGCCCACAGUGAGUGUGUCAUCAGUGCUGGGCAUGAUGGCGGGGGUGCUAGCUUCUACCAUGGAGUCAAUUGGGGACUACUACGCCUGCGCCCGCCUCUCCGGCGCCCCACCCCCACCUUUCCACGCCAUCAACCGUGGUAUUGCUGUGGAAGGCAUCGGCUGCAUCCUGGCUGCACUAUGGGGCACUGGAAAUGGCACCACCUCCUACAGCCAGAAUAUCGCCGCACUGGGCAUUACUAAGGUUGGCAGCAGAUUAGUACUUCAGACAACUGGUUUUCUAAUGAUCAUCCUGGGGGUCUUUGGAAAGUUUGGAGCAGUUUUCAUCACCAUCCCUGACCCAGUUAUUGGAGGCAUGUUCCUUGUCAUGUUUGGAAUGAUUGCGGCAGUGGGGAUAUCAAACCUUCAGUAUGUGGAUCUUAAUUCAUCCAGGAACCUGCUAAUUCUGGGCUUCUCCACAUUCAGCGGCCUUGUCCUGCCCACCUGGUUUCACUCCAACCCUGGUGUCAUUGACACAGGAAUAAAAGAGCUGGACCAAGUUAUUGUUGUUCUCUUCACCACACACAUGUUUAUUGGAGGAUUUUUUGGAUUUGUUUUGGACAACACCAUUCCAGGCACUGAAACAGAGAGAGGCAUUAAGAGCUGGCAGAAAAUGGUCCAAGAGGAAGGCAAGAGUCUCUUGGAUGACCAAUCAUGUUAUGACAUACCUUUCUGCAACAGCAUUUUUCAACGAUUCCAAUGUUUCCAGUACUUGCCGUUCCUACCAUCCUACAAGGCCUCUCAAAAUAAAACACAAAAGUAA